AUGCAGCGGCGCAGCCUGAGCGCUGCGGCGCGUGGGCUGCGGCCCUGGCUGCAAGCCAGAGGGAUGGCCGUUCAGCCGGCGCCGGCCGAGGAUUUGAUCGAGGUCACUGUUGACGGCAAGCCCACAAAGGUGGCGAAGGGCAGCAACGUCCUUCAAGCUUGCGACGCAGCGGGCGUGGACAUUCCGAGGUUCUGCUACCACCAGCGCCUGUCCAUCGCGGGCAACUGCAGGAUGUGCUUGGUGGAGGUGGAGAAGAGCCCCAAGCCGGUGGCGUCGUGCGCGAUGCCAGCGGCCCCCGGCAUGAACAUCAAGACCGACACGGCGCUGGUGAAGAAGGCGCGGGAGGGGGUGAUGGAGUUCCUGCUCAUCAACCACCCGCUCGACUGCCCCAUCUGCGACCAGGGCGGCGAGUGCGAUCUGCAGGACCAGUCCAUGGUGUUUGGCAGCGACCGCAGCCGGUUCACCGAGGUGAAGCGUGCGGUGAGCGACAAGAACCUGGGGCCGCUGGUGAAGACGGUGAUGACGCGCUGCAUCCACUGCACCCGCUGCAUCCGCUUCGCCAAGGAGAUUGCGGGGACGGACGACCUGGGGAUCACGGGGCGCGGCCGCGACGCGGAGGUCGGCACAUACGUGGACAAG